AUGACCCGUAAUCCUGACCCCACCCUCAUUCACUCCCAUGGGAGUGAUGUGUCUGCAUGCAUUGAUCUUAUCGAGCGCGGUACUAGCCGUAUGAAAGAAGAAGGAUUACUCAAGUAUGGCGACCUUCUUCGAGCGGCACGGAUCAAAGUGUACGGGCCAACGUCUUAUGAGCCACCCAGCGUACAGACUCAUAUGACAGAUACCCCAUCCGCGCCACCUGCUAGCUCUUCUGACGCGGUCGGCAUAUUCGCUUCAGAAAGUCUACAGAAUCCUGUGCUCUUCCAGGGCGAAGGACUAGAGACCUACAUGAGCCAGGUGACGGGAUAUUUCGACAACACCCAUAUUGGCCUGGAUGAAGGUCUAACUGCCUGGUUCGAUACUUUCAUGGACGAACUUCAACCGGGUCAGAAUAGGGAGAUGAGAUGA